CUAUCCUUCCCACAAUGCUUUGCGCCUGCUGACCCGGAAGUGGCGUCGUGACGGAGGCUAGGGCGGGGCGCCGCCGGCGGAAGUGACGUGCAGUAAUCAGUGUGUUUAUCCGUCUUGUGGAUGAUGCGCCCUCCAGCACGCUGACCAGGAGGCAGGACUCGGGGACGCCAUGGAUAACCGCUUUGCCACAGCUCUGGUGAUCGGAAGCGUCCUGUCCCUCCUGUCGGUGAUUUACCUGGCGGCAGCGGUGGGCACCGUCUCCUGGUAUCACUACUUCACCUCCCCCGUCCUCGCCAACGUCAGCGAGACGGCCGCCAACGAGUUUGUGAAUGAGCCGGAGGCAAACGAGAAGGCGUACACGGACGCACUGUACCACUGUAACGGCAGCCUGGGGCUCUGGCACCAGUGCAUCACCUACCAGCACUACGACGCCGACGAUCUCUCCUCCAGCUCCCGAUGCGUCUCGCUCUCGUUUUCUGAUCAGUUCUUAGAGAAAUAUUCACAGCCUGGAAAUCACAACACGGAGAUCGAUCUGCUGCGCACAUAUCUUUGGCGCUGUCAGUUCCUGCUCCCCUUGGUGGCCCUGGGACUGAUAUUUUUCGGAGCGGUGGUGGGUCUGGCGGGAUGUGUGUGCCGCAGUCUGUAUCCAGCUCUGGGGACCGGGGCCCUCCAUCUCCUGGCAGGUGUCUGCACAUUGGGAGCCGUCCUGUGUUUUGCCAUUGGGGUGCACCUGCUGCAGCGGAGCCUGCCCCCUCCAGCGGGGGUCCGGGGGGAGUACGGCUGGUCCUUCUGCUUGGCGUGCGUCUCUUCUCCUCUGCAGAUCAUGGCCGGGGCCCUGUUUCUUUGGGCGUCUCGCGCCAGCCGUAAAGAGUAUUCCUUGAUGAUGGCGUACCGCGUGGCGUAAAGGGACUGACCGUGGUGCCAGGAUUCAAUGCGGGUCAUACGAGUCCUCCGAAAACCUGUCCUGAAGUUUUUAUAUUUUAGUUUUUACCAGAGUCCCCCCCGAUGUGGAUGGUCCUUGGAUUGUUGAUGUCAUUCUCCAGUAUUUAUAGAUGCCUCUGGCGGUGACACCGAUCCUGGCCCCAUGGUGUAGGACGCUGCCCAGGAUCUACAGCUCCGCCCACUGUGGGGAGGGCUUAACAUGGGGUCAGAGGUGUCCGCAUCCACGCAGCACUCAAUCCAAAGAAGCUCUGUGUAGCUGAUGGUCCUGGUGGGCUGCGCCUGAUCCAUCACAGUGUAGCUGCCGGGCUGCUCCUGAUCAGUCACAGUGUAGCUGCCGGGCUGCUCCUGAUCCGUCACAGUGUAGCUGCCGGGCUGCUCCUGAUCCGUCAGAAUGUAGCUGGAGGUCCUGGUGGGCUGCUCCUGAUCAGUCACAGUGUAGCUGGCGGUCCUGGUGGGCUGUGCCUUAUCUGUCAGUGUAGCUGGCGGUCCUGGUGAGCUUGUCUGAUUUGUCAGUGUAGCUGGCGGUCUGUGUCUGAUCUGUCAGUGUAGCUGGCAGUCCUGGUGGGCUGUGUCUGAUCUGUCAGUGUAGCUGGCGGUCCUGGUGGGCUGUGUCUGAUCUGUCAGUGUAGCUGGCGGUCCUGGUGGGCUGUGUCUGAUCUGUCAGUGUAGCUGGCGGUCCUGGUGGGCUGUGUCUGAUCUGUCAGUGUAGCUGGCGGUCCUGGUGGGCUGUGUCUGAUCUGUCAGUGUAACUGGCGGUCCUGGUGGGCUGUGUCUGAUCUGUCAGUGUAGCUGGCGGUCCUGGUGGGCUGUGUCUGAUCUGUCAGUGUAGCUGGCGGUCCUGGUGGGCUGCUCCUGAUCAGUCUCACAUCUGGUGAUAUAUUUACGUCGUGUAGUUUUAGAUUUAUGUAGCAUUUUAUGGUUCCCAGCAAAAACUUAUCCUGACGGGGGCGGAGCUUUUAUCUGUAUUGUGGUGUCAUGCUCCUCCCCUCAGGCUCUCUCCACUAGGCAUCCAGGACUGUUUCUCUUAGCUAGCGAUCCCCAACCUGUGGCUCUUCAGCUGUUGCAAAACUACAACUCCCAGCAGGUGUUGUAGUUGUGUAAGUGCGGGGAGCAGCACAUUGGGGAUCGGCGCGUUAAGUCUUACGGAAGACAAGUGAAUCGCAAACAAUGAUGAUCUACAAAGGGAGAUGAUGAGGCGGAGUCCAGACUGCGGGGAUUUCUCUGCCCCGUUAUAUAGAGCGUUCUGAUGACAUCACACGGCUGUCUUACCUGAUGA